GCCAAGUGUAUCAUUUUCUGACUGUUCGCGGACCCUCCGACCGCUGUCACUCUAUUUACGAACCUCCGGCUCUCCCUUCCCCUCUCGGGUGGCUCGUCACAUCCCUCCCCUUUCCCGUAUCCCGGUCCCGCCCCGUGGCGUCACCGCCGGGCGCCGGCGCCGCUCCCGCCCCGCUGCCGCUGUUCCCGAGUACCCCACGCCCCAGAUGGAAAUGUCAGAGGAUGAUAAUAGUUCAGAAGAAUACCCCACUGAAAUUCAUGAUUAUCUCGCAGCAUUUGAAAAAUCUCUUGGUUCUGUAGAUGAGAUGCUGAAGACAAUGAUGUCCGUUUCCAGGAGUGAGCUUCUGCAAAAGUUAGAUCCUCUUGAGCAAGCAAAGCUGGAUUUGGUUUCGGUGUACACGUUGAAUUCCAUGUUCUGGGUAUACUUGGCUACUCAAGGAAUCAAUCCAAAGGAACAUCCAGUGAAACAAGAACUGGAGAGAAUAAGAACAUACAUGAACAAGGUCAAAGAAAUAACAGACAAGAAAAAGGCAUCCAGACUCGAUAAAGGAGCUGCUUCUAGAUUUGUAAAAAAUGCACUUUGGGAACCAAAUGCAGAAAAUGAACAUAGUCCCAAAACUCCUGCUAAAGGAAAAAAGAGAAAGAAGGACUAAAUCUUGGUUUUAUAUAAAUUAGAGACACCUAGUACUUAUUUUUAAUUGCUUUGCAUACUGCAUGCACCUCACGGAGGUGCUGUAUAACAGAUUAAGUUAUACUUAAGAAUUUUACAGGUCUGUGUUUUGUCCAGAACACUUGUCACUGAGGCAAUUGCGUUGAAUGUGUAUCUAAAAGUGCCAUUGGAUGCAUGUUUGAGUGACAUCUCAUUACCCAAAUGAUAAAGACCUGACAUACACUUGCUGGUAAUAAAUACUAGUGAUGUUUUGCUUAUAAUACCUGUGAUUUACAUUUUUUUUUUUUACUACUGAAUGAUUUAUUGACACUUUUUUAUAUGUCCUUAAUCUCCUGAAUAUUAAAAUGUUUCAAACAAUGCUA